CUUCAUCAGCAUCGUCCCUCACAUCAGCAAAGUCGUAUCCUAAAGCAAAAUCUAUCUUCUGGUUAUCCUUUCCCUCGUCGGCAGCAGGUUUCCGCAGUAUCGCAGCAGUCAAAGUCGAUUUCCCGGUUGACGGCUUACCGAGAAUGAGGACUUUCUUCGAUGGUAUAGAACGCGUAGAGGAAACACUGUCGAGAAUGGAAGACCAAAGAUUUUCAGGAGCCUCUGGCGACGCUGGCCGUGAAUUCAUGAAUACACCGAUAGAGCGAAAUAAUUCGACGCGUGGUGGUUGACAGAAAAGGAAGUAUGAGAAUGAUUUUGAUUGGAGAUUCCGCUUUGUCCAUUCACCACGGCGAAUAAAACUCUUUCGGUCAGUCUGUCACUACCUUCGUACACUGACAUUAUGGCUGCGGCUGCUGUUGCACUCCCUGAACAUAAACUCUACGAAUCACCUAAUUCACGAUCAAUACGAAUCGGCGACUGGUACAUCACCGCGUCAACCAACCCAAUCUCAAACCAUCAUGAAUGUGAAGCUCUCAGUGCAUCGCUGUCAAUACCCUUACCUGAGAUGCCCUUCGGACGCAAUCUAUUGAGGCUCCAUCAUCUUCUAUCGGGAUGGAGGUAUCAGUUCAGCACAGAAGAAGCUCUGAGAGAAGUGAAGAAUGGGGCACUCGAACACGGAGAUGGUGGGGUCAAAGUGGAAUACGCGGAAGCCUGGUUGAAGAGCCGGACCAGUCCAUCGUCUCUGCUACCUAUGCCAAAGACAGUGCCUACGAAACCGUACGACUGGACGUAUACGACACUGUAUACAGGUCACACCGCGACAUCGCUGUCCGACACGUUAGAGGAAGAGGGAGAGGGGGAAGGAGGCACCGCCAUAGCUUCACUGUACAAUCCUAAGUGGGUCCCUUCAGACCCCGAGGAUCCGUCGCAGCAAAUUCCCCUUGCAGAACUCACUAGACCAGACCCUAUCCUCUUCUACGCCGAGAUUCCCCUCUUCGAAGAUGAGUUGCAUGAUAACGGUUCCUCAGCACUCAUUGCGAGAAUCCGUGUAAUGCCGACAUGUGUAUUUAUUCUGUCCAGGUUUACUCUGCGCGUCGAUAAUGUUCUUUUUCGGACAUUUGACACGAGACUGUAUCAUUCAUUCUCGUCCAAUCCGCCCUUGGUCGUCCGGGAAACCUGCGGGUGGGAGGCACCAUACGAUCGGGUUAAAAACCUACUCCCAAAACGCGAUGAUCUCACCCCUCUGACGGACCCUAAUUGGAUUGCGAAGAUCCUGUCGGAUCUUCCUCGACAGAUCUCUCAGAAAGAGGGUGCAAACACUGGAUGGAGAGGGCUUGGAAGGCGAUUGCAGUACGCCAUGCUUGCUUGAAAUCUGUCCAUGCAACCUCGGAGGGGAGACGUUAGAAAAACAUUCGCAGUUUAGAAACAGAAAGACUAGCAAAUUACAACGUGUCAUAUGUGGAUAUAGGUCCAUUCCCUCCCGUAACAUAAGAACAGACGUACUCUCCGCCAACCCAUAGCGUGAAGUUUUUACAUCAAUUUGGCUUCCCGUUUGGCGUGUUGCACCUGUUGUAGACGUUGGCUCCUUAACGUCAUGUGUGUGCCUUGUGCAGUCUUCUUCGGCGGAGGAGCUUGAGCAACAGGUGGAAUCGACGAUUGUGAGAGAGAAAGUCGAGUGUCGUCCGAUGCGAAACCAGGAAUACGGAUGUU